AUGGCGGAACUCGGGGACCUCGGCAGUCCUGUAGGCAGACGUGUGAGAACUUUAACUGCCCAUGCAUUAGAAGCGUAUGAAGAUAAAGUCAUGCAACAUUCCAUAUUGUGUGCUGAAAUAAACAGAGAGAUUGAUAGAAUAAUUAACGAGGACUCUGAUCUUCAAGUAGCUAAACAACAACUAGAAGACCUAUUAAAGCAGUAUGUUGCUCGUUCAGACCAAUUCCUAGAAUUCCUUAAUAGGGAAAGAUGUCAACAAACAGUAGUUGCUGAAACAGAACUACAGGUAGUGGAGGAGGCCAUGAACAACAACUCUAUUGGGAGCUCUCAUGGGAGUGUUGUGUCGGAAAGAGUAAAAUCCUUUGUUGAGGAACAGAAUAACAUUCCCUUGGAGAAGACACAAACCACCUCGGAGAUACUUACUGUGAAGAAAAAUGCCAGGUUCAGUGGAGUCUUGUCUGACUACGAUUCCUCACUAGGAAUUAAGCAGAUAGUUGCCAAACUACCUCCAAGACUCCAAGUCAAGUGGACGGACAGAGCGGCAAGUUAUAAAAGGUCUAACGACAAUGCUCACCCUCCAUUUGAGUCCUUCAUCACCUUUCUCGGGGAGAUGACAUCGGUGAUGAAUGAUCCUAGUCUUAUGCUCUAUAGUGAGAGCCAACAGCAAAACACUCCUCGACAAAUGAACAGCCAAGGUCGCGGUUGUUCUGAUGUGAAGGUCAAGAAGACUGAAGUAAAGGCUGAAGUUGGCAAGUAUAGCAGGAAUAGCUCAGACAUCGCUGUGCAGUGUUUUAUUCACAAUUCUCACCAGCACUCCCUUAAUCAAUGUCAUAGGUUCAGGGGUAAGUCUCUCGCAGAGCGUAAAAGACUCUUAAGAGAGAACCAUGUUUGUUAUAGGUGUUGUGAUUCUAAGUCCCAUAUCAGGAAGGAUUGCAAGGUAGCUCUUCGAUGUGACAUAUGUCAAAGCGACAAUGUUUCGUCAGCUCUCCACCCAUUGGAACACAACAUCGAGGUCAGUAAGAGUGAGACCAAGUCUGUCCAUGGCGAGGAGAAGAGCGGUUCGGCUUGCCAGAAGAAGACUUGUGCAGAGGGACUUAACAUUUCAAAUUUAUGCACCGAAAUCUGUGGUAAGGGUUUUAGCGGUCGUUCUUGUGCAAGGACGCUACUAGUAAAGAUUCACCCGGUAAAUGAGCCACACAAGUCGAAGGAGGUCUACGCCAUACUCGACGACCAAAGCAACAGAAGUCUGGGUCGGUCGGAGAUCUUUAGCUAUUGGAGCAUGCAAGAGCAUAGCAUGGAACCGUUUACAUUAGUUUCUUGUGCAGGAAGACAAUUUAUGUCAGGUCGUCGCCUUCAGAACCUCGCCAUAACAUCUAUGGAUGGAAAACAUACCAUGGAGCUACCUACAAUUAUAGAAUGUGACUACAUCCCAGGCAGCAGAGAGGAAAUCCCACCGCCGGAAGUGACGACGAGAUAUCCUCAUUUCAGGGAUGUCCACCUGCCAAACAUACGUGACGAUAUCGAGAUUCAAUUACUUAUUGGUAGAGAUCUUCCGGAGGCGUUCCGCGUCACCGAACAACGCAUCGGAAGCAGUGGAGAUCCAUUUGCCCAAAUAUUGAAGUUAGGAUGGGUUAUUAUCGGUGAAACGUGUCUUGGCAGGAUCCACAAACCUGAUCAGGUUGAUGUAAUGAAGACCAACAUCCUCAGAGGUGGAAGAACGACCUUCUUUGAGGAAUGCGAGAACAACAUUCAGGUGAAGGAAUCAACAUAUCUGUGCCAAAAUGUAUUCCUGCGCACCCAGGAUGAUGAGAAAUUAGGACACUCGAUUGAAGACACUUCCUUCCUGGAGACUAUGAAAAACGAAUUUUCGAGAAACCCAGAUGGGUCCUGGUCAGCUCCUCUUCCCUUCCGAUAUCCUAGACCCCGUCUCCCCAACAAUCAACCUCUGGCCUUGAAUAGAGCUCGCAUGCUCGAUGCUAGUCUGAAGAAGAACGAGAUGAAAAGGAAACACAUGGUAGAUUUCAUGAAGAACAUCACGGACAGAUGCCAUGCCGAGGAAGCUCCUCCUAUAACUGAUGACAGAGAGCGAUGGUACCUUCCGUUAUUCGGAGUUUAUCAUCCCAAGAAGCCGGGGAAGAUACGUGGCGUGUUCGAUUCCUCGGCAACCUUUCAAGACAUGUCUUUGAACCAAAUUCUAAUGAAGGGCCCGGACUUGACAAACAACCUUCUUGGCGUUCUGCUGCGGUUCAGAAAAGGUAGGGUAGCAGUAACAGCAGACAUCCAGCAGAUGUUCUAUUGUUUCUCAGUCCGACCUGACCACCGAGAUUUUCUCAGGUUUUACUGGUAUGAAGAGAAGACUCAUCUCGCCCACUUAGGGAAUAUCGGAUGA